AUGUUCCUCCAAGCUUCUUUUCUCAUCUCUCUCAUCACUCUUUCAGGAGGGACAGAGAUUGCCAUUGUCGGGGGUAACGAAGUGAAGCCCCACACCAGACCUUUCAUGGUCUCUAUCCAGUUUGGAGGACAUCACCGCUGUGGAGGGAUACUUAUCAGACAAGACUUUGUACUAACUGUGGCCCACUGUCUUUGUUUAAAGAAGGUCUCUGGUUCUGGACAAAACUUUCUAGAGGUUGUUCUUGGAGCACAUAAUAUUACACAAAAUGAGAAGACUCAACAACGAAUUGAGGUGAAGAAAUACUACCCCCAUCCUAAUUACACAAAAAAUAACAACGAUAUCAUGCUACUUCAGCUGCAGACAAAAGCAAAACUGAAUAAUUAUGUGAAAGUCCUGACCCUUCCUAAGAAAAAUGAGAAAAUUCCUGCCAAUGUGAAAUGCUCCAUAGCCGGGUGGGGCAUGAAAAGGCCAAAAGGGACUGCAUCAGAUGUCCUUUAUGAGGUCACCCUCAAAGUGCAGUUUAACUUUGAAUGCAAAAAUAAGUGGAAGGACCAUUUCAAUUCUGGUCACAUGAUCUGCACUGUGUCCGAUGGCAAAAAGGCUUUCUGCCAGGGUGACUCAGGGGGUCCUUUGAUCUGUGAUGACAUGCCAGUGGGUUUGGCUUCAGGUACACCUCCUGAACGCUGUGUCGACCGCAAUUACCCUGAGAUUUACACCAAGAUCUCUGCUUUCCUGCCCUGGAUUAAAGAUGUCAUGAAUAGAAAUAUCUGA